AUGCUCGCGAUCCUCAUCGUACUCGUGAUCACAGUCGCCGUGGCCAUCCUCCUUCUCUUUAGCACGAUGAUCGGCCUCUCCCCCCUCGACAUUCUGGCGUCCGUGUUCACCAAAUCCUCCGGCACCCUCUACCCGCCGUUCAGCUCCAAGGUCCUCGCCGCGCGCACGCGCCACGAAGGCAAGGAGGUGGUGCUCAACCUGCCGCUCGCCCGCAAGUGGGCGGCAUUCUGCCACUCGCCUGACAUCGAAAAGCACAUCUCGGCCGUCUACGUCUCCUUGCCGCUGACGAUGUCGGCGCUGAUCCGCCACGUUGUCGCCUCGCCGGACUUUCCGCUCUCGGUCAUGGGAGUCGUCCACGCCAAGCACGUCAUCGAGCAGUUCGAGUGCAUCGACGCCUCUGUGCUCGGCGUGUACAACUACAGCAUCUCCGUCACCGGCUCGCGCCUCAACGAGAUCGGCGCCGAGUGCGACGUGCUCAUCGAGGUCUCCUCGCCGCUGAACAGCCGCUUGCUGGUGAGCACCACGAUGACCUUCACCUCCACCGACGCGAAGAAGGCGCGCGCCGCGAGGAAGCGCCGGCCGGAGCUGACGGCGGCGGAGCAGGCUGCCAAGACCAAUCUGGGGCCCACCGCCUCGGCGCCCAAGCAGUUUGUCGAGGAGAUCAAGCGCGAUCACUCGAAAAAGUACGCGGCGUGCUCAGGAGACAUGAAUCCGAUCCACCUCCCGAUCUACUGCAAGGCGAUGGGCCUCCCAAAGCCCAUCAUGCACGGAGUGUUCUCGCUCGCGCGCGGUGUCGCCGCCAUCACCGACGCUUACUCGCUGGCGACGGUCCCAAAGCUGCGGAUUGCCGCCGCGUGGAAGCUGCCGAUGCCCGUGCCGGCGACGGCCCACUUCACCUUCGGCGAGUUGGUCGACGUCACGAAGACGGAGCAUGCGAACGGACUUGACACGACAAAGUUCAAGCGACACAUCGAAUUCCUCGCGACUCGGGAGGGUAAAGGGGGCACGCUCCCCCACCUACGGGGGGUCGUUUCCUUCUGA